AGUCCCUGAAAGCUGUCGUCAGUUAACAGUCGACUACAGAUGGAGAAAAAGUGAAAAUGGAAUCUGUGCGGAGUCUGGGUGCUCCUUCGAGCACACCAAAUUGUAGUGUGGACAGAUUAGUGCGUGUGGGAUAUUACGAACUAGAACGAACAAUUGGGAAAGGAAACUUUGCCGUUGUGAAACUGGCGACACAUGUUGUGACGAAAACGAAGGUUGCGAUAAAAAUAAUCGACAAGACGAAACUGGACGAGGAGAAUCUGAAGAAGAUUUUCCGCGAGAUCCAGAUAAUGAGGAAGCUGCGGCACCCGCACAUCAUAAGACUGUACCAGGUGAUGGAGACGGAGAAGAUGAUCUACCUCGUGACCGAGUACGCCAGCGGAGGCGAGAUCUUCGACCACCUGGUGGCGAACGGCAGGAUGACGGAGAAGGAGGCGCGGCGCGUGUUCGCGCAGAUCGUGGCCGCCGUCAGCUACUGCCACCGGCGCCGGGUCGUGCACCGCGACCUCAAGGCCGAGAACCUGCUGCUCGACCACAACUGCGACAUCAAGCUCGCAGACUUCGGCUUCAGCAACCACUACCAGCCCGGCCAGCUGCUGUCCACGUGGUGCGGCAGCCCCCCUUACGCCGCCCCCGAGCUCUUCGAGGGCCGCAAAUAUGACGGACCCAAGACUGACAUAUGGAGCCUCGGGGUUGUCCUGUACGUGCUGGUCUGUGGAGCCCUCCCAUUUGAUGGCCGCACACUGCAGUCUCUCCGUACAAGGGUUAUCUCGGGCAAAUUUCGGAUUCCAUUUUUUAUGAGUGCAGAAUGUGAACACCUCAUCCGCCAUAUGCUGGUUGUUGACCCAGAGAAGAGGCUCAGCAUAAAACAAAUUCUGAAUCACAAGUGGAUGACUCAGGGGGAAAUUCAGCCCAGCUUGCAGAAAAUAAUUUCAGACCUGGAUCAGCCAGAGGAUCUACUUGAGAGCCCCGAGCCUCUGAAUAAUCUGGUCAUGGAGCACAUGUUGAAACUGCCAGGCCUCGACAAGGAUAUGAUUGUGCAGUCUGUGCGGAAUCAUGGCUUUGACCACAUCAGUGCCAUUUAUAAUUUGCUGGUUGACAAACUGGAGAAGCGCAGACUGAUAAGUUCCAGUAUGGGAAGUCUACCAGUAAUUCAGAGGAAAGCAAGCAUAACAACAGGUGUGGUAGACCGUAGCCCUGUGGGUGACGGAGAGACGGAGCAGGGUGCUGGGUCUCCCCUCGUAUCCAUGCCAACUAUCCCUGCUGUCUUCUUGUUGGAAGAUCCUGAGUCGCUGGAGAAGUUCGGAGAUGUUGACAUGCCUAUGGAAUCUGAAUCGGAGGAAACCUCACGGCAACCAAGAAGUGGUUCUGGAGUGGAUCGGUAUCUAACUGCAAGGAGACACACAGUUGGGCCAGGAGAUACAGCUCACGAGCAGGUGCUGGAGGCGCACUACAUCGGGCUGGACGCAGGUGCGGGUGGCGCUGUGCAGCAGCUCAACAUCCUGCCCAACACGAACCUGCCGCUGAACAUUCCACUCGUGCAGCACCAGCCGCCCCAGAACUUCAGCAUCAAGGACCAGCACCUGCUGAAGCCUCCCACUGUCAUGGGGGCCAGUGAGUUUGGCGGUUUCGGUCGACGAGCAUCGGACGGGGGAGCGAACCUGCAGAUGUUUUUCAGUCGUCAGAUGGAAGGUGUGUGGAGCCAACCGGGCAGCCAGGAGCACCUCCAGCUUCUGCAGCCAGGAAGUCCUACUCUUUCCCAGCGUUCACAGCCCAUUGCUGCUGCUAAUGGCAGCCCGGAGGGCAUCCACAUGUCGGACAGUCUUCCCACUGAGGACCUGCCUGACGCACAUGAUGUGGCGAGCUGGUCGGCCGGGCAGCAGCACGAGCUGGAGGCAGCUGCUAGUGUGCUGAGGUGCAGCGAUGCCCACAGGUACAUGGAGUGGCGCGGCAAGGCGAAGCGGCACACGCUGGCCAUGGCGAGCUCCGAGGAGGUGCAGGAGGCGCAGCGCAAGAUGCGCACACGCCGUACUGGCCUCCCUACGGUCACGGAGCGCCCCCCAGAAAUUAGCCCAGAAGUAGUGUCUGAAGUAGAGGCGCGCAUGCGCCGCAAGUACCCAGUCUUACCACCACCACCACCCGCCAGCAGGUUCCCUCGCCACAAGAAACUUUCUGGCCUCGCCACAGUUCAGGAGGCAAAUAAUCGCCCAGUGAGGGAUAGCUUCAAGGAGGUGAACAGCCUGCACCUGCCCCAGGAGAGGUACAGCCCCGUGCGGAGGGCCAGUGAGGGCUGCCCCUCCCCCUACCGCAGCCCCCAGCACCAGCACCAGCUGCAGGCACAGCAGGACGUCUUCGGCCGGGAGGGCAAUGUCAAGGCCCUGCAGCAGGAGUACCAGCAGCUGCAGCGACACAGUGGCACUGCGGGCGACGCCCACGAGCUGCAGUUGCGCCACUCGCUCCACAUGCAGCAGAUGUUGGGCGGCUCCCCCCUGCGGUCAGCGACGCCGUCUCCACCGACCACGCAAAGCCCCGCCUCUAUACCCGGUUCCCCCAUACACCAGCAAUGCUGCGGUGGCGCAGAGUACCCACAGUCACCGACCUCCAGUGUGAGCUGCCUGGCAGCGGGGCUGAGCGGGCUGUCCACGGGCGGGGUGCCACUCGCACUCGACCUGCGGGUGACGCCGUCGCCCCCGUCGAUGUCGCAGGCGCCGCCGCUGGGCACGAUCCGUGAGGAGCUCAACCGGCAGAGCCGACAGCAGCACCGGCAGAUGCACCCGCAGAUUAGCCUCACAGACGAGAUGGGUGACGAGGUCACCCUUGUCGCGCCUCCGCACUACUACUGCCCGCCCUCGCUGCCUCCGCCAUUUGCGAUACCCGGCCCAUGUGAUCCCGGCCGCCCGUCCAUAGUCCGAGGAAUCGGACGCCAGCGCCUUCCGACAGUCACGACUGGCGAGAUUCGGCGGGAGCAGUAUGCCAGGAAUCACCCUUCCCUGCAUCACACAUUCCCGCCACCUUCGGGGGCAGACCUUGAAGUGACGUCGCCACCUUCUUCACCUCCGUCACCUCAGGAUGGUGUCGUUGCUUCUGAGCUGCAAAAGACAUCUAGCGGAUCAUUCGAGGUGGCACUGUCGGAUUUUUGUUCACGACUCGAUGCAGCAGAUAUUCUCGGUCUGGUCAAGAGUAUUAUAGACACGCGUGCACCUCCGUCGAGCUUUGCAUACGGAGGCGAGUGGGGCUCGACGGACGGAUGUGAUGAUGAUGGCGGUGGUGGUGGACUCGCCCUGGAGUACCCGGGCGGUGUGCAGAUUGAGCUGAGGGUGUUUGGUUGUGAGUCUAAGGGUCUGAAAAUGCGUAGAAUUUCCGGUGACCACUUACAGUACAGCCAGCUGUGCCAGGAACUGGUGUCUUGCAUGUCUGUCUGAAGUUUGCGUUUCAGUUCUGUGACGAGUCUCUCGAGGUACGAUUCAGAUGCUAAUACCUCUGCUGUCACUAAAGAGAGAUUCCACAAGCACUAGAAAGGUGCUUUCGUGAGUGCCAGAUGUACAUUUAAUGGCAGUUUCAUGUAAUGAAGCCAGUAUUGUCAAAAAGUGAUUCUUAUUUUUGGUACAGAAUUAAUGUGUCUUCUCUUUUGAAUAGUUAUUCUGAUAUGUAAUACAUGUGAACUGCAAGUAAUUUCUUGACCAGUGUCAAAAUUUGCGAGAGCAUGUGCACAUAUUUAUUGACGUGCCCUACAUGGGAAUGUAUUUUCUACCACUUUUAAUUCUAUAUCGUAAAAAUAUUUCAUUUAAUGUGCCUUUCUACUUGCUUAGUAGCUGGGAUGUCAGAGUAGACACUAAAGACAUAGAUUUAUUGUCUGGAGUGCCCGUUCAGCCAAAAAGACGUAAUUGAGUGAUACUUUGACAGUGAUAUUCCCUAAUGCCCUAAGUGGAAGUAUUGUACUGUCAGUCAUUGUGAUAGAAUAAAUGAUUAUUAAAGACUUACAUACUUCAUAAGCUAUGAAUGGCAGAAGUUCUGACAGAAGAUGAGUGUUAUACAUGUUCUGUUUAAAGAAACGUUUGCAUAAAAAACUACUUACUCUUGUUAAGUCUAUGACUUGUCCACUAAGCAAUUGCUUUAUCUUUGACAAUGGCAAAUUUACUUGUCCUUAAAAACAACAGUGUCUGUUAUUAAAGAAUGAUGAUCCACAUCUUUCUGACAAAAAUGAGGUUACUCAUAUCCUAACACACAGCAGUAAAACUGUUCCCAGGAAUCAGUACCACUGUCAUAGGCAGAUGCUGUUGAUAAUGUAGCAUUUUAUGCACAUUUGAAACAAGGUUCUGUUAGCGAGUGUCAUAAAGGAGAUCUGUGUAUGUAUUGCGGUGAGCCUCUGCUUAUGGAUGUCUUAUCUGCAGAAAUAACACCAGUUUGCUCACAAGCACUGUCAGAACUCUGUGCAAUGUUAUUGUGUUGGACAUUCUUGAAGUUUCAUUGUCUGGGACGUCAAUGAAUUACUUUUUUCUGUGAAAAUGCCACUAUAUUAUUCAUGGGAAAUGAAUAAUUUCUACAUCACUACGGUCCUGAAUUUUACUCUUGUAUGAGUUAUGGGAUGUGAUUUAGAGAAUGAUGGGUAAGGACAUUUUUCCUUUUUUGGAAAAGUGAGAAAGCCUUUUUUAGUAGCAUCACCUUGUUGUAAGUGUUACUUUCAGUAGUAUUUUGUGUGUGUGUGUGUGUGUGUGUGUGUGUGUGUGUGUCAUUUCUGUUAAAAGGCAUUGUUCACAUCAGGAAGGAAAACCACUCCUCAAGGAGUUUAUUCAAUGACGUUAUCCCUGACAGGUGAUUUUAUGGCAUUCCAUUAAUUUCUUCUGCAUGAACCUUCAAAAUACUUUUAUCUAAAUCAUAUUAUAAAGGAGUUUAUGGGAAAUUAUAUUUCUUGUUAUUAAUGAAGUUUUAUUGUAUUGUACUAUAGAUAUUUCAUUUAUGUAUCUUCUUUUUACCUUGAAAACAACAUUAUUGUGUUCUAUACAUUCAGUACACACAUUUUGACUUCCAUUAACUUGUCAUAAGUCCUAACAUUCAUGUGAGAGUCCAUUUUUACCAAAUCUGUCUGCUUCGUGUAACCUGCUUGUGAAUGUGGAAUAACCACUACAAUGCCAUCACAUAGUGCCUGCUGAUUAGCAUUUGUGCUGUAAGAAAGAUAGUUAUUAUCAGGUGUGUGUGUUUGUGUGUGUGUGUGUGUGUGUGUGUGUGUGUGUGUGUGUGUGUGUGUGUGUGUAAACUGCUCACAUUAGUUCAUACAUACAUCUAUAAAACAUAGAGGGUAAUGUUAUGGGCAAAGUAGAAUUAAACCUGUAUGUGCUGAAUGAGCUUUUUUGUUUACGAUGAAUUCAUUUUAUUAUUACAGUUGUUAAAGUGCUUCCGAGUUACAAUGAAUGUCUCUGAUGUUUCAGUUGUGGAAAGCUCAUAGCGCAGCUCAAAAUUUCACAUUCAUUCUUCUUGAUAACUUCUACAUAGGUCUCGUCAGAACUGGAAUAUUUGAUAGUUGACUGAAUCCUGAUGUGCCCAUCUUAAUAACAGUUGUCAAACAGUGGAAAAUUCAGGAUGGAAUGAUGACAAUAUUUUGAAAAGGAUAGAUUGCUAUGCAUCAUAUGGCAGAGAUGUCGAGUCGCAGAUGAGCACAACAAAAAGACUGUUAGACAAAUAAGCUUCCAGCCAAUUUUUCCUAAUUUAGAAGGUGUUUUGGCUGAAAGUUUACUUUCCUAACAAUCUUUUUGUUGUGCCUACCUGCAACUCAGCAUCUCUGCUAUAUGGUGAGUAACAAUCUAUCAUUUUCAUAAUAUUUUUAAUAAUAGCUGUCUGUCACAGCCAACACUACUUAGUUGUAGGUCUGAAACUGGACUUGUAUGAGAGCUCAUUUGUUGUCAUGUUGAGCAUUAGACUAGGCAAGACAUGCUAAAAUUAUAUUGUACGGAGAAUUCGUUUGAGGAAACUGUAGAGUUAUGAGGAAACAGUACAACUGACUAGUACUUGCCCUGAGAAGGUGAAUUUCAGAUGCUGCUGACAGACAAAAUCAAACUAGGGGAGAAAAAAGAGGGUUGUGUUUUGGAAGGUUAGGAAAAAGAGGCAGGAUGUGAAGGACCCACCUGAUGUGAGGAUGAAAAGCUCAGAAAACUAGGUAUAGAUUUGUUUCUUCUUAUUGCGUUUCUCGACAGUACUGAAAUGUUGCCUGCCGAUCCUAAAUACUGGCGAGCCUUGCACUACGAAAAUCACGUCGUGGCACAAGUAAAACCUACAUCUGAACUGUGGCAACAGAUGUCCUCCAGUAAUCAACUCUGUUAUGGUAAUUUAGGUAACCUGACAUUAGUUUUGUGUUGGAGAGAAUCACGAACAUAGUGUUAUAUCAUUUUUGUGCUGCUAAAUAGUUAUUCUUUCUCUUUGUCUUCCUUUGCUUUUACACUGUUUACGUGUUCCCACCAGUAUUAUUUGCCUUGUGUAUUUAAGGGCAAUAAUAUCUACAUUUCUGGCAGUACACAUGAGUAUAACUUAUUGCCAACAACAAGUAUCUGUAGGAUUUCCAUUAUUGCUGUACUUAUUUUUAUUUUGGGCAUUUUGGAUUCAUCUGGAGCAGAUUUGUUCAUUGCAGCUGUAGUUCCCUUGCUGUCAAGUCAGCUAAACUAAUGGAAAGCUGGUUUUUGGAUAUAGUACUCUUGUUAGUUUACGACUUCCCUCAGCUCAAUUUAGUUGUUACAUUAAUUUAAAAGUUGAUUCUGGGGUACAUAAUGUAUGCGUAACACAUAAGAAAAAUCAAAAAUUUAAUCUUUCUUUAUAAGGAAAUAAAUGGUCCAUCAAUGUGGGAUGACAUCAAACUGUAAAAUACUUGUCAAAUACUAUAACUUAUGAAAUGUAAACUUCACUUGUAAACUUAUCUGAUACAAACAUGUCUGAACAACACACAUAAGCAUGCAGUACGUUCACCGAGACAACACAAAAUAAUGAUAAUUAUAUAUCAAGAUCAGCUGUUGUUCUUGUGCUUCACUGCACUAGUGUUGCAACAUAGAGCAAAGCUUUUGGAUCCACACCGAGGUUAGCACUCACCUGCUAUACAGCAUGGAAAUGUGCAUGCUAUAAGAAAUAGGGUGAAAAAGUUUUGACGUUUUACUGUCAAAUAAUGUGGAAUGUUGACAAAUUGUUUAAUUGUACAUUAUGUGUUUUCAGUACAAUCAUACUGCUGUUGACUGUUUGCAAUAUAAAAGUAUCUUACGCCAACUCAAAAACUUAAAACAUGCACAUUUGAACUCUUUUCAUUAGAAGCUGACCUUAAAAACCAUGCCAAACAGCCAAUGUUCUUUUUAUGGAUUGACUGUACUUGUAUUAACUCCUUCAUCUUGUCUGCUUCCAUUUACAAAAUCGAGGUGGCGUUCUGGUUUAUUUGACCUCCUUAAUAAUGUUCCCUGUGCAACCUCUGUAAUGUCUUAAAAAUGAAAUAUUUUAAUGAGGGAGCCAAAUUCAGUUAUUUGGUAUACUCACCUGUAGUUUCAGCUUUUGCUUAAUAAGACUAAAAUACUACUACUUUUUGUGAAUUGGUGGGUUUGAGCAAACCUGAGAAUACUUUAUUUUAACUGUGGAACAAUUUUCACAGUGUGAGAACUUCUUGAGUGCCUUUGUAUGCUGCUUUAGGAGAUUAAAAUAUAAAUGUGUGUACUGGAUGAAUUUUGUAACUUACAAAAUUAGUCUUCUACAUUUGAGUUAAUGUGGAUAUAUUUAAUGUCAAAUAUUGUAAGUAGUCCAUGUUUUGAGUUGUUAUGUUUCUGAAAAAUAUUUUUGUAUGUCUUUAUGUCCACUGUUUUAAUCAAAUCUAUACUGUGACUGUGUAUAUCUUCUUCAUUCUUCUGUUCAGUUUUUCAUAUGUAAUAUAGUGGUAUGAAUCAUAAUACAGAAGUAACAGACAGCGCAUUAACACAGUUUUAGAGGUGUAUUUCUACAAUGCCAGUCAGUUGAGCAUAUUUUCUACUCUUAUCUAAUAAGAAGUAUAACAUCUGUGGUUACAGCAGAAUGAGAUUUUAAAUUUAUGUCAAUAUAGCAGGCAGAUGAGUACGUUCUUAUUCUUGAAACAGUGCCUUAAUAAGAAGUUUGGCAAUUAUUUACUUUGUGCUUAUCAUUAUCCACAGCAAAAAAUAAUUUUAAUACCACAGAACUCUUGUUUUAGUACACAAUAAUAACUGUCUUAAAAAAAAUCAAGAUAUUUGUACCUUUGACCACUCUCAGAAAUUUUAAUCAGUAUAACAUACUUCUAGCAGUUGUGAUUAUGAAUGACACAGUUUUUAGUAUUAUGUAUCAUAGCUGUAUGAUAGGAAACAUAACAUUAGCAAAUGAUGAUGUAUUUCCAAUGUGUUUUAAAAGUAUAAUACAUGGAAAGAAUUCUGAUUCGCUUCCAGUUCCAGAUUUUUGUAUUGUCUUAUUGGGUCUGACUUUGGUACUUGAGGUUCAUGUAACUUUCAGUCAUUAAUUAAAAGAAAUAGUUUUUGAGAUAUUCAUCUAGUGCUGGUAAAAUUUGAUGAUGCAUAGAAAGCUCUAUUUUAUUUUAUUUUGAUUUUAUAUUGUAAUUACGUAUGAUGAAGCAUGUAACAACUCAUGUUGUAAUUAGCAUGAUGUCAUUCAAAUGUUACUGGAUAAUUAAUCCAAAUCAGACAGAUAUAGUAAAUUACAUUGAUUGAUUGUAAUAACUUUUUCAGCAGACAGCUUGCGUUAACGAGUAUUGAUUCACAUACAGAUAACUUUCAAGAUUAUUUUGAAUUUGCAGGCUACAGGAUUUCAAUAGCUGUGAUGCUAUGCAGUGCGUGACUGGCAAAGCUCUGUACUAGUUUGAAGGCUCAUAAAGUUGCAGAGCUAUAUGACUGGAGAAUUUGUGUUAAAGCACUGAUAACUUAUUCAAGAUAAGAAUGCUGUAGGUCUCCCCGUCUCCCUUCCAUUUUGUUUUCAAACAUGUUCAUCAUGUCUUUGGCUUGCAAGACUGAGGUUUUAUUACAGUUCCUGAAACAUCACUUUGGUGUGCUGAAAUGUGUGUCUGUAGCAAUCUUGGAAGUAUCUUGUUGUUUCUUUUAUUGUUACUAGACAUGUUAGAGAAAACACUUCCAAAAUCCAAACUUUUUUAAUUGCUGUGGAUAAACAUUUAUUCCAUUGAAGUAAGAGUAAAAGCAUUUCUACCUCCUUCCUACAUUUUCACACAGAAAACGCCAACAUUUAAUGUAACAGUACCUGUACAUGCACCAGUUAAUUUAAGACGUACUGUUGGUUAGCUAUUUAGUGGCUGUUCUUAUAUAAAUUAACUGAAUUUUAUUUUACCUUGUAGUUCAUGUUUUAUUUUUAAAUUUUGACACAAUUACUUUGUUUAGUUCUUGUGUUGCAAAUUCAAUCUUUGAUUCAUGGUCUGAAGUGACAGUUUGGGCAAAUAAAUUUUAGUACUUGUAAGUACAGUUUUUGCAAAACGCACAAGUAAAAAUGUAAUGUUAAAAUGUUGGUGAGCAUAUCAUUUUUAUUUUAUUUUUAUUGUGUAUUGAUAAAUAGCUGUAGUUUGUUUCUUCAGCUCUGAAUGUGACUGAUUGUUAAGUGAAUAAAUAUGUUAAAAUACUAUUUUAAUGGAAAUUUUGUCUGUAAGUGACAAUAGAAUACCCAGAGUGGAAUAGUAACUGCAGUUCAAGGGGCCAGCUGCCCCUUGUGUUGCAGGUGAUGUUAGCAUUAAUGCACUUGCUGUACAAACACUAUCGUGUGUCAAUGUCCUGUGUUUACUUGCCACUUCAUCUGUUAAGUGAAUGAAGAUAGGUUUUUCCUUCAGUUACAAUUGUGUUUGCACUACACACUGGUGAUAUCCCUAAAUUGUGAUAGCUGACAUCUUGUUGAAUAUGUUCCUAGAUAACUAAAAUUUUUCCUCCUGUUUUCCUUUUUCUAUUUCCUAAUUAUUUUGUAGCAGUGUACAGGAUUAUUUUGUAUCAAUAAUGCAAGCAAAACUCUAAAGUCGCAAGAUGUUGAUUAUCAUUUUUUAGAUAUUGGCAUUAAACAAUGUGGUUUGGUACUUUCACCCUCUAAAUAGGAUUUCUUAAUUCUAAUAGCCAUUUUAAAAUUUGUUAUUCAAAACUGUUUUUUUGUUUACAAUGUUCUUUUAAAAACAUAAAAGGAAAUCUUGUACUUUAGUUUUGUGUAUAUGUAUGUAUGUAUGUAUGUAUGUAAAGUAUGUAAGUGUACAGAAUUAAUUAUUUCUUUUUGUGUGCAUUAAAAUUGUAUAUUUAAUUUUCUAAAAUUUAGAUAUUUGUUAUUACACUCUGUGCCUCAUUACCUGAAGAUGACAAUGCAUUCAAAAAUAGUUUGAGAUUCAUAUGUUAAAUUGGCUAUCAUUGUUAGUAGCUUAGUUGCAACAUUAAGAAGGACCUUUAAAGUGUUUCAGUAUUAAAUCUAUCAGCAACCUGUGGAGGUAUCAGUAACUUAUCCAUCCUCUGCCUCUUAAAAAUACUUUUCUUAAAUAAAAAAUAUUGGGUACUGAUGAAUAACUAACAUGACAUGUGGGAACCAACACAUAUAUAUUUUAGAUCCCCACCUCACUCAUCAUAUGACCUAGUACAACAAAACAAAAGAGUACAGCAACUAUCAUAGACCAGGUUAUUGCAGACUGCAGUCAGUUGCACCCCCCCCCCCCCCCCCCCACACACACACACACACCUACUCUAGUGGGUAGCUAAUUUGGAAGUGUUUAUCACAAUUUUUAAGGGCACAUACAUUACUUUCUAUGAGUACUGACCUACUAUAAUUAGAAAAGCAGUCUUGGUCAAAUUGUUAAGUUCCUACUGCAGGUAUGUUUUUGUACUAUACCAAUGCUUGGUUAAUGAAGUAAUGUUAAACAGACAAGUACACUCAACAGAUAAGAACAAAAUUAUUUUCUCAAUGGAAAGUUACUGAUAUUCCCUACGAAUAUAGUAUUUGUAAUGUCUUAAUACUAUAGUAAGUCUGUCCACACUUGCUGUUGUGCACACUUUUUGAAAUUAUUGUCUGUACAUGUAGCUGCUGUUAUGAUGAGACAAUAAUUUGCUUUCAUUAUGUUGAAGUGUGAACUGAUUUAAUGUGAGAACGCUACUGCCCUUCUCUUAUGCAAUCAUCACAUCUACAUAAAUUGGCCUUCAUUUAUUAAAAAAAAGAAUAGAAUGUUAUCUUUUAAAUGUAAAUGUAUUGGAUAGAUAUUGACAACAAAGUAUUAAGUAACUAAUUGUGAUUUAAGAAGCACAAGAUCUAUGCCUUUUCAUUUAGAAGUUCUUUUAGCUUUUUGCACAGAGUACAUCAAACGUACACUAUAAGGUUAUCCAUGAGGAACAAAUAAAAGCUAAGUUUAUGAUACUGAACUACACAAUCAAAAUUGCCAGUAUUUACAUUUAGCAGCAUCACAUGUGUUUAUUCGAGGCAUAAUUUAUAAUUAGUUAUACAUACACGUAAGUAUCUGUGUAAAUUUUGUGUGCGUUUGAGGUGGUUGAAUGUAUUACAAGGACAAUCUUAAUAGAUCUUCAGCGAGCAAUUCAUUCAUUUAUUUCCAAGCAACUUUGAAUGAAUCAUAGAUUUGUAAAUAAAAGUUAAUCUUUUUGUAAGAUUAUAGGUAAUGUUUCCUGACAAUUGAUCUCUUUUUAAUUACAAACUUGCGACACUUACUUAUAUUUUAUUCAUAUUGACUUAAUAUUUGUUAUAGUCUUCUUAGAUUGAUCUGUAUUAUAUGUGUGCUGCUCCACACAGGAUGAUGUGUAAAGCAAACUACAUUGUUUUUCAUAGAAGUAUAAUGUGUAAAAAUUAUGUAUAGUUGUACAUAACUAAAGCUUGUGCUGUAAAUCUAAGGUAAGACUGUGAUUUUUACCAUUCUCAAAUAAAUACCAAGAACACUUCCGGUGCUUCA